UGAGAAUACAAACACUGACGAGCAAACGAAAGGAGGCAAAACUGCAGGGAUUGGUCAAUUGAGUUGAAAUAGGAAACAACUUCGCGCGCUCGUAAAGCACUUCUCCAGAUCAGGACCAUGGAGAGCUCUAAACUGUGGACGAGAGCGGUAGUUUGUACAGCGCUGCUGUCCAUCCUAUGUGGUGCUGAAACGAGCGACUCAGAAAUGGAAGUGGAUUUGGAAACGAGAAACAUUCACGACUUCUAUCCACAAAAUCCGAAUCUAACGAACGAAAAACGUCUUCUUGGAGCUCUACACGAAGUUCUCAAAAAACUGCAGACCAAAAGAAUUAAUCCAUGGGAAAAGAAAUUUGGACAAGUUCCCACUUGCGACGUGGGGGACCAUUGCGCAGUGAGGAAAGGCGCUCGAAUCGGCAAAAUGUGCGACUGUCCACGGGGAGCGUUCUGCAACUUCUUUCUGUUGAAGUGCUUGUGAAUGGAGGUUUAUUGGAUUCAAUCCCCUAUCAUUGUGUUAUUUAAAAGAGGGAUAAUAAUGUAACAUAUGUCAUUAUUUUUAUGAAUAUUUUUCAAAUACAGGCGGGCUAUAAUUGUCAAUGUUAUGGUGGGACCACCAAUUAGAUAAUGGUACAUCCUAUCGUUUCCUGGAGUUAGAUUAAACAUUUGUGUCACCUAAGUGUUACUGAGCUCUCUAUAUUGUGCAAUAAAGUGUGUCACAACU